CCCUGUGACUCGGACUCUGAUCACUGCAGAGAGGCGAUAAGGAGGAGGCGCCACGCAUUCUUCCUUUCCUUUGGUUGUGUGGUGAUAGAUCAGCAUAAGGACCCCCACCGCCCGCCCUGAGGAAUGCGAUCGCAUCGGAGGGAAUCGAGUCAUUGUGUCGCUUUCUCUCGGCUCAGUCAGAGACGCUCCAACAUGCAGCAGCUGCUGAUGAUUCCCGUUCUGCUGGCAUCCUUCUGCACGGUGUGCGCCGGAGCAGGAGGCUGGUGCUACCACAGCCAGUCAACCUGCGAUCAUCCGUGCAGCGUACCAGAGAAGUGGACCGUCGGCAACAAGGACUGUGGAGGAAAAUCCCAGUCACCCGUCAACAUCGUCACCAGGAAGGCAGUGAGAGAUGAGCGUCUGACCCCGCUUGAGUUCAAAAACUACCAGCACACCUUCAAAAUUGUUAUGACCAACACCGGCCACUCGGUUCAGGUUAAUAUUCCUAUAAUCAGCGCCAUCUCGGGCGGAGACUUGUCGACCACAUACAAGGCUGUGCAGUUACACAUGCACUGGGGCAAAGAUGGCGGGCCCGGCUCUGAACACACCAUCGACGGGGAGCAGUACCCCAUGGAGUUGCACAUCGUUCACAUGAAGAACAAGUAUGCUGACCUGGCAACAGCCCUGAGAGAUCCAGAAGGGGUUGCAGUUCUUGGGUUUUUCUAUGAGGUAUCCAAGAGUCCAAACCGAAUGUAUGACACCAUCAUAAAGGGGGUGCAAAGUGUCGCAUCAAAAAAUGUGAGCUUCUCUCUGCCCUCCAUUUCCCUGGCACAGCUGAUCCCUCCUGAGCAGAAACUGACUUCCUACUACCGCUACCAGGGUUCCCUGACCACCCCGCCGUGUUCCGAGUCUGUGGUCUGGACUGUGUUCGAAACCCCUAUCCCUCUGAGCAUGGACCAGAUGAAAGCUUUCUCCAUGGUCCAGUUCCACGACAACAAGUCGAUGGUGAACAACUUCAGGCCAGUCCAGCCCCUCAACGGCCGGCUAGUGUACCACUCAGGAGGUGCCGCGCUGUUGGUCAGCUCUGCCCUCCUUGCGGCUGCCCUCACAACGGCACUGGGGCUGUCCCAGCCCAACUAAAAAGCAAGUCAUCCCACGCUGCACUGCGACAUUGAUAAGACCCAACUGAUCUGCGCCAGUCCUCUGCUGAGACUCUUGGUUCCAACGUAGUUCUGACACGUUUGCAAAAGACAAUGGACCACGUCGUAGUGUAGGGAUCACUCAAAUGGUGUUUCCCCCCUUGUGACCCAAAUGACAGAGGUGUGUUAGAAACGCCUCAAGGAAGGUGACGUAAGGGUUCAAUCGGCAUCCAUGCAUGUGUAGUGAAGUAUUAUUUCUUAUUUAAGCCUCAUGAAUGUGCCAUAAAUCAAGUUACUGGGCAGUCUACAUGGGUAAUCAAACUCAACACCAAAUCUUCUCUUUGGACUGGAUUUUGAUUUUCUCUUUGAAGCUCUGUACUGAGAACCAGUGCACACCUUGGUUGCGCAAAGCCAAUAUUGACGGGUGUACUGAGCACACACACGCACCACACACACACACGCCCACACACACACUCGCUCUCUUUUCACAACUUUAGUUUUUAUGUUAACUCAUCCACCUUGUCCAAUGUCAGAUAAAUUUAGUAUCUGUUAAUACCAGUGUGAGUUGCCAAUGGUUUAUGGGUCAGCCCCAUGACUUGGCACAUGAUGUAUUGUUAUUAACGGAGCAUGUGAAAGGGAUGGAGUUAUAGAUAGCAGGACUGAGUCGAUAAAAAAAAACCUGCAAUUCAAAGCCAGACGUCAAAGGAGAAUGCAGUUCUCAUAAAGUACAGCAGAUCACAUCUCUACAGCCGGGUCAAGGCUUCUCAGACCGGUCAGCAGCUCUGUUCUGAAAGUGCAUGUGGGGGAGGUCUUGUUGUAGCUCACCAGAAACCAUGAAGAACAGCUGCAUGAAGUUCUGAAAGUGGCAGACUCCCUCCCUACAGAGUCACUUGGGGGCAAAGACAUGGAUGCAAACAUCCUAGAGUCGAAGAUAGUGCCAGUCCGCUAUUAAAGAGGGAUCGCAGCCACACAACCAAGUUUUUUUUUUAUUUGUAGAGUUAGUUUUUAUACACAUCAUUUUUGAAGAGCAUGACUCUGCAUGCUGUGAUGUUCCAGAUGUUUGAGAUAAACCACCUGGCUGCUGGAAGUGGGCUUCCCAAAUUCACAAAGUGUUUUUCCAGAACAGGCGCUUCAAUUUCACAGGAGCUUGUUUUUCAAAACCUCAAUCGUUUCCAUGGCUAGUAUUACCGGCAUUCGGAUGUAUGAAUAAUUGUUGACAAUGAGUCGCAUCCUGCUCAGCUCUAUUUUGUUGUUGUUGGGUUUUUUUGUUUGUUUGUUUUUUUAAGAAAACUUUGCCAUGUAUAGAAAGGAAUAUGUGCAAUUUGGCAGCAAAAACUGUUGUUACAGUGAGGAAGGAUAAUCUGUAUUUUCCAUUGCUUCAGAAAAAAAUCCAGUUAUAUUUCUAUGAGGUGUCAUUUUACACAUGUAUUUAUGUACUGAGUGUGCAUAUUAAGAGAUGAGAUGCACAGUUAUUGUUAUUUAUGCAUUGCAACAUUCAUAUAGAAUGCAAAACUAUAUAUGAAGCUUGAAACGGUUUAUGAUCAAUAAAGUUUACUUGUACUCUUGAAA